GAUGGCUUUGGAGGACACCAGCACCAGAGGGCCAGUGGCUCAACGACCCAGCCAGGGACACGGCUGGGGUCAGACCUCCUGGGAAUGCCGGGGACGUGGGAGCGACGAGGUGCCACGGUGGCGCCCCGAGAGUCGAACGGCACCUAGACUUGCAGCCGAGUCCAGGUAAGCCCUUUUACAAGAAGUCUGGUACCCUGAACUGACCUGAGGCACGUCAGCGCAGGAAAGGCGGUACCCUGCCGAGCCCCGCCCCUUUCCACCCCGAGGGCGGGGCCGUAAUCUUCCCUUCAGGUGCAGAGGGCGGUGCCCGACCCUGCCCCGGGGGGCCGUUCUUAGAGGCCAGGGGCAGGUCAGAGAAACGGCCGCUGUAGGCAACGCCUUGGAACCCGCGGGCGGUGACUGCCACAGGUGCCGCGCAGGGCACUGUGUCCGAGCUCUGGGCAUCAAAACUCCGGCGCUGGAAACUAAGCCUUCCGAGCUGCUCCCAGCCCUGGACACCGAGGUCCCCGGGCCAGAGAUCGGAGCCCUGGGUUCAUCCGAAGAGCGGGGCCUCGAGGACCCCGGGUCAGACAGCGAAGUCCGGGGCCUGCCCCAGAGCAGGACGCCGAAGUCCACAGGCCAGGAGGCAAGGUCUCCGUGCCCCCUUUAGAGCAGGGCGCGGAGAUCUCUGAGCAAGAGAGCGAAGUCUCGGGUCCAUCAGCGGGGCUGGACGCAGAACGCCCCGGGCCGUCUGCAGCUGAGGGUUUUGGGAGUCUCUGGUCCGGCAACCACGACCCCGAGCCGUCUGAAGCGCGAAGCGCGGUGGUCCCAAAGCACUGUCCUCUUCAGGAUCCCGAGACCUCCUCCCCGGAGUCAGACUCCGAAGGCCCCCUGCAGCAUUUUUUACUGCUCCCGAAGACCACCCCCCCCAACCAGGGCCCCGAGGAGCCGCUCAUGGAGACGCCCAUUGAACGAGAAAUACGACGCAGCUGCGAACGCGAGGAGAGCCUGCGCCGGAGCCGAGGCCUGAGCCCUCGCCGCGCAGGCCGAGAACUCGUCGAGCUGCGCGUGCGGCCGGUGCUCAGCCUGCCCGGCCCCGGCCCCGCGCUCCCGCGCGCCUUGGAGCGCGCGCGGGCGGGCGCGCAGAUGCAGCGAGACAUCGAGCGGGAGGCCCACCGUCAGGCGGCGCUAGCGAGCCCCGCAGCCCCAGAGCAGCGCGCCGGGCCGCAGCCGCAGCCGUUGGGUGAGCUCCGGCGAUUCUUUGAGGCCGCUGGGGGACGCGGCUCCUUGCCGGCGGCUGAAGGCGGCGCGGACCUGCAGGGGCUGCCGGAUCCCGGAGGCCGACCGCGCUUGGCGGUGCAGGGUCGGUGCCCGGUGCUGGCCCGCGCCCCGCCGCGGGUCGCGCCGUCGCUGCUGGAGCAGGAGGUGCGCGAGGUGCUUGAGCGCGAGCGGGAGCUGCAGCGCCAGCGGCUCAGCGUCUACGGCACCGCCGAGUUCAAGGACCCCGCGCCGAGCCUCACGGCGAGCAGCGGCGACGGAAAGCUGGCGGUGAUCUGGCCUCCCCGUAGAAAGGCAUCUGAGAGCGGCUUGGAGCAGGAGGAGCAGAAGACUUGAUGUUCCAGCAGGCUGGGACCCCCUGCCAGACGUAACAUGUACAUCAGAGGAAACUGGUAGGGCUGCCCAGGUGCUCUCAGAAUCCACAGAAGGCCUGGAAGAAGGCCAGCGGGUCUGCACAGGACAAGAUGAAAUCGACCAGCCCUUCCUUGAACCUGCCUUUGUGAAAUUGAGCAGUCUCUUCUAUAAAACUGUUAGUCCCCACUGGGGAACACUACCACUCUCAAACCGCCAGUGGAACUGUCCAGCCCUUCGCCGCCUAACUGCAAACGGAGCUGGUCUCUGCCUCCGGCCUUUGCAAUUAGGGGACCAGGGUCUCCGCCUCGGCUAUCCUCACUCCCCAAUAAAGCCCUUUCUUUCUGGGCAGUUGA